AUGUCGUCCCAAACAGUGAUGAAAGCCGUCGUCUUCGACGGCCCUUACAAAGUCUCGAUCCAAGAUCGACCUGUCCCCCAAUUGCAAGACGACAACGACAUCAUCGUCAAAGUAAGUGCUUCGGCACUGUGCGGCUCCGAGCUCCAUGUAUUCCGCGGGCACCAACCCAGUGCUACAGGGUUCAUCAUGGGCCAUGAAUUCACUGGAACCGUCGUAGCUGCAGGCCCUACAGUGAAAUCAGUACAGGUUGGUGACAAGGUCGUGUCAGCAUUUACUACUUCAUGCGGUGAAUGCUUUUACUGUACCCAUGGCAGCAGCUCGCGCUGUGUCAGAUGCCUGCUCUUCGGGAGCAAGGUCCUGGACGGCGGCCAGGCCGAGUUUGUACGAGUUCCGCUUGCGGAUGGCACCGUCGCCAAAGCACCACCCACCAUCUCAGACCAGGCGCUCGUCCUCAUGGCUGACAUAUUCCCAACCGGUUACUUUGGUGUCAAGAGUGCGAUUGAAAUGUCGCCGUCCAUUGACGUACGCGAUGCCACCAUUGUCGUUAUUGGGUGCGGUCCUGUUGGCCUGUGUGCCAUUGUCGCCGCAGCUCAUCUACAGCCGAAACAUCUUUUUGCCAUAGACAUGGUAGACAGCCGCCUGGAGCAGGCCAAGAAGCUUGGGGCUGAGACGUUCAACUCGGCAAAGGACAAGGAAGGGAUGGAGGCGCGUAUCAAGGAGGUUACAGACGGCAGGGGCGCCGAUAUGGCUGUUGAAGUCGUCGGGCUCUCCCCUGCCUUGAGGACCGCAUUUGAUUUGGUCCGUCCAUUUGGCACUAUUAGCAGUAUCGGCGUUCAUAAUGCAGAGGUUCCCUGGACAGGCAAUGAAGCUUAUGGAAAAAAUAUUCGCCUUCAGAUGGGCCGCUGCCCGGUGCGAAGUGUUUUUCCGGAAGCUCUCGCAUUGCUAGAGAAAAAGCAAGAUCUUCUCAGCUUCAUGUUCGAAAAUAUCAUGCCGCUUUCCAGUGCAGUUGAGGGUUACCAGCUAUUUGAUCAGCUCAAGGUUCAGAAAGUGGUAUUUACGCCCUAG